AUGUCUUCGACCUCGGCAACUCCGUCCUCGACUCGCAGCGCGACACCAUCUCCCACAGAAACCUCUGAGCUGCCGAGGGUCGAUCAUGAUCUCAAUCCAAUUAUAUCUUUUAUCAUUGGGACUGCAAUUAUACUUGUUGCGUCUAUCAUGAACGCUGGCGGUUUGAAUUUGGUCAAAAUGGACAUGAUACGGACGAUGGAGCUUCCAAGACAUCAAAGACGGAAAGAUUUUCUGAGACCUCUAUGGCUCAUUGGCAUGGUAUUGUACAUUGCCAGUCAGCUCAUUGGCAGUACGCUGGCACUCGAGUUUUUACGAGCGGAAUAUGUCGCGCCACUUGGAAGCUCAAGCUUGGUCUUCAACUUCUCUUCGCUCGGGACUCCUGUGACUCGGAUGGAUAUUUAUGGGACCAUUAUUGUGAUCCUUGGAGUCGUUGGCAUUGUCGCUUUUGGUUCAAUCAACAAGGGCCUCAAUACACACAUGAACUUGGAUAUCCUGAUCGGUCUCUGGUCGAGAGUUGGAUGGCUUUGCUACCUGGUCCUCCUCGGCAUCCUGCCCAUCUUUUUUCUCUACUUUGGCGCCUCGCAACUCGAGACCAUCCUUCUCGAUCGUAUGGACAUCAUGGGGGAUCCAUUAAUGACGCCUAUUCCGGUCACAACAUCAGUAUCUGGCUCAGGAGGAUGGAGAGCCUUUCGUGGCGGCCCUCAGCCAGAGGUCGGAUUCUGGGAAGGCAUCAGGGUUCGUUGGAGGAACAUGACGUAUUGGACAAGAGGAUGGAUCGAACGCUGGUCGAGAGAUAAGAGCGAAAAGACUCUUGCGUGGACCCUGGGCAUCUGUUGGGCGUGUUGCGGUGGUGCAUUGGCUGGUGGAACGCUGGUGUUUGCCAAAGCUUCAGUCAAGAUGGUGUCUGGCUAUUUGAGCCAUCGUAACACUGGCAAUCAAUUCGGACAUCCUGCGGCUAUAUUCACCUUCAUUUUCUUGGCGGUCACCGCAGUUUUGCAAAUCCUUUGCCUUAACCGUGGGCUACGAGCAUAUGAUUCAACUCUCGUCGUUCCCGUCUUCUAUGGAGUGUAUACAGCGAGCGGAUUUCUCGACUCGCUUGUCUUCAACGACGAAAUCGAUGCGUAUGAACCUUGGACUCUGUUCCUCAUCUUUGCAUCGAUCGUGGUACUCAUUGGAGGCGUCGUUUUGCUCACUCUCAAGAAGCCUGAGAAGCCCAAACCAAAGACACCAGGUGCUUCGAAUCAUCGAUUCCCAGGCACCAGCGCUUCCAAACGUGGUGAUGAAGAAGAUGAGAUUUCGCUGACUGAGCGCGGCAAGGACAAAGCACCGGGUCCGUCGUGGCACGUUGGCGACGAGACAGAUUCCGAAGACGAAGAUUUGAGGAACAGUAAAAGCGGUGCACCGAUAAUGAGCCCGGAGAGCUCACAGAGACGGACGCUACCUUAUGAUGGACGGAUAGAGGCUCGUGGACUUAUGCAGGAUGGGGAUGAUGGCGACGACUUUGGAGGGUUCACGAGUGCUGAUAAACGCCAGGGCAAAUGA